AUGGCUGCUCGGAGAAUCUCAUCUCUUUUCUCUCGCUCGCUUCCUCGAAUAGGACAAAAAUCUUAUCUGGGCAGAGGAAUUUACCAGUACAGCACAGCUGCUGCUUUGGAGGAUCCAAUCAAGCCACCAGUCAAUGUAGAAUACAAUAAGCUUCUUAUCAACGGACAAUUUGUUGAUGCAGCAUCUGGCAAAACUUUUCCAACUCUAGACCCAAGGACGGGGGAGAUAAUUACACAUGUUGCUGAAGGUGAGGCAGAAGAUAUUAAUCGAGCAGUGGCUGCUGCUCGCAAGGCUUUUGAUGAAGGACCGUGGCCUAAGAUGACUGCUUAUGAAAGAACAAAGAUAAUUUUGAGGUUUGCUGAUUUGGUUGAAAAGCAUAAUGAUGAAAUUGCAGCUCUUGAGACUUGGGAUAAUGGCAAAUUAUAUGAACAGUCUGCUGAAAUUGAAGUACCAAUGUUUGUUCGGCUGUUUCGUUAUUACGCUGGUUGGGCCGAUAAGAUUCAUGGACUCACCAUUCCUGCUGAUGGGCCCCAACAUGUUCAAACUUUGCAUGAACCAAUUGGUGUUGCUGGCCAAAUCAUCCCAUGGAACUUUCCUCUACUCAUGUUUGCUUGGAAAGUUGGGCCCGCACUAGCAAGUGGUAACACUGUUGUUCUCAAAACAGCAGAGCAGACACCAUUAUCUGCUCUCCACGUAGCCAAGCUAUUCCACGAGGCUGGCCUUCCUCCUGGUGUUCUGAACAUAGUUUCUGGCUUUGGUCCCACAGCUGGCGCAGCUCUUUGCAGUCAUAUGGACGUGGACAAGCUUGCUUUCACUGGAUCAACAGAAACAGGAAAAGUCAUACUUGAAUUGUCUGCAAAAAGCAAUCUGAAGCCAGUGACUUUGGAGCUCGGAGGGAAGUCUCCUUUCAUUGUGUGUGAGGACGCUGAUGUGGACCAGGCAGUUGAGCUAGCGCAUUAUGCUCUAUUCUUCAACCAGGGACAAUGUUGCUGUGCUGGCUCCCGCACAUUUGUUCACGAGAAAGUUUAUGAUGAAUUUUUGGAGAAAGCAAAGGCACGUGCCCUAAAACGCACUGUUGGCGAUCCCUUCAGGCCUGGCAUGGAACAAGGUCCUCAGAUCGAUGCAGAGCAAUUUGAAAAGAUUCUGAAGUAUAUUAGAUCUGGUACGGACAGUGGAGCUACCCUCGAAACUGGAGGUGAUAGAGUUGGGGCGAAGGGCUACUACAUUCAGCCCACUGUUUUCUCCGAUGUUAAGGAUGACAUGCUGAUAGCAAAGGACGAGAUCUUUGGGCCCGUGCAGACUGUUUUAAAAUUCAAGGAUCUUGAUGAAGUGAUUCGGAGAGCAAAUGCGAGUCGGUAUGGUCUGGCUGCUGGUGUCUUCACGCAUAACCUUGAUACUGCUAACACAUUGAUGCGCGCUUUGAGAGUUGGGACGGUUUGGAUUAACUGCUUCGAUACAUUUGAUGCUACUAUUCCAUUUGGAGGGUACAAAAUGAGUGGACAGGGAAGAGAGAAGGGAGAAUACAGUCUCAAGAAUUACUUGCAAGUGAAGGCUGUAGUAACGCAAUUGAAGAAUCCAGCAUGGUUGUGA